AUGCAGGUCUGUGAAGAGCUCCUGGAGCACCUGGGUAUGCAGUGGCGAUGCAGGCAGCGCUACUGGGAAGCCCGGGAACGCUCCAGGAAACACGAUGACCUACUGUGUAUGAUCAUCGACGGGUUUGACAAAUCAAAGCCCGUGGUCCCGCGCUGGACAUCAGGCCGACCUCCCAAAGGAGGUGUAUUUGAGCGGGUCCGCCGGCCGGGGCUCAGCAUAGCGUGCGUUUUGGCGCAUGGCUUCGCUGUGCAUAUCUUUGUGGCUUCUGAGGAGACGCCAGACAAUUCUUCGUGGACGUGGGAAUGCCUGUCUCGAGCUCUUCAAGCCACUCACGAGCAUUGCUGCAAACAGAACUGGCGCUUCCCUUCGCAGCUGUGGAUUCAGGGGGACAAUACUGUCCGCGAGCUAAAGAACCAGCAAAGUGCUCUUUGUUCAGCGAUGCUGCUGUCUGCAGGAUGCUUUCGCCAGGUUGGUGUGCACCACCUGCCCAUUGGGCACACUCACGAAGAUGUUGGUCGCUGUGCUGCAAUAAGACGUUUUGGGUGA